AUGACGGGGCCGACGGCAGUGACGAUGACGGGGCCGACGGCAGUGACGAUGACGGGGCCCACGGCAGUGACGAUGACGGGGCCCACGGCAGUGACGAUGACGGGGCCGACGGCAGUGACGAUGACGGGGCCCACGGCAGUGACGAUGACGGGGCCGACGGCAGUGACGAUGACGGGGCCGACGGCAGUGACGAUGACGGGCAACAGCAUCAGUCAGAUUCUCGGCCACAGCGAGCAUCUGUACAGCAGACUGCCCCGCGGACUCUGGUACUGGCAGAUGACAGAGGCCUUCUCCUACGCUCUGCUCGCUCUACUGGCGCUUGUUCUGCCUGGCAGGAUCUACAGCAUAACGCUGGGAAUUAACAUGGAGAACUCCGAGUCGGCGCUCGGUGUUCGAUUCUACGGUGCUGCACUAGCAUGUAUAGCCGUGUUGCUAUGGAACGUUAUCGGCUCCACGGACAAGCCGCUGCUUAGGCUGUCCCUCAUGGUGUCCGGUGUACAUUACGGAAUACAGAUACUUGGUGUCGUCAUCACCAUGGUGCAUCUUGGUCACUUCAGCACGACGCCGCUGCCGCUGGUGCUGUGUCGCGCGGCGCAAGCGGGCGUCUGCCACGUUUACUAUCACGGUCUGAUGAAGGUCUACAAGAGUCAGGUGAUCAACCCGAGGGUGGGCGGACUGAGACGGGCCGAGUCGUUCGCCAACCUGUACGAGCUGAGGAACAAGAAGAAGCUGUGAGGAGGAAGAGGAAGAG